GACUUAUUAUAACGUUUUCAGCAGUGUUUUUGAAAAUUUCACUUACAAUAUAGUUGUGAAUUUGAAUUAGUUCAAAAUUAAUGCAAUGAAACGCGCAUUAUGAGUUAAUUUACCCCGUUUGAUAAAAGUAGGAUCAAGGAAAAAAAAAGGGCAACAUCACUUGUUUUGGUGUUAAAUGAAUGCACUUGCAGAACUAGUAGAAGAAAUGUUCCUUUUGAUAGUAACGCUUUGGCUCAUCUCACCCUCUGAACAAUAUAGUGCUAGUCAAGCGCUUUCAACUAGUAAUAUAGUUGCCACGCAAUCAUCAAGUCCUACAACUUCAUCAUCCUCCCAAGAAAAUUGUGCUGUACAUAAUGCUUCUUGUCAUACAUGUGUAAAGGCCAGUCCUAAAUGCUACUAUUGCUACAAGAACAAACAGUGCUUGUUUGUUACCUAUGAAGAUCUUGUGUCUCAUUUGGAAGAAUGUGGAACACUUGAAAAUAUAGCAUGGGGCACUUGUAUAAUUAACUUUGAAGCACUGGUCAUCUCCAUGAGUGUAUUAGGAGGAAUCAUCUUUUUGGGCAUAGCAAUAAGUUGUUGCUGCUGCUGUCGUUUUUGUCACAUACGAAAUAAAGAGAAGCUUCAAGCUGAGCUUGCAAAAUGGAAUAGACAACGAGAAAAUCUCAAAGUUAAAGCUGAGGAAAGGAGGGAAAAACGUAAGCAAAAGUUAGAUGAGAUUCGUGAGAAAUAUGGACUACCAAAAGAAAAUCCAGCUUACAAAAGGUUUGAUGAAAGUGCAGAACCAAAUAUGGCAGACUUCAAAACAUAAUAUAUAAUUAUGAUUUAAUUUAUUUUUCAUACAGUAAUUUUGGAAGAAUAAUGAAUGCCAGAACAUUUCAACAUUCGUUUAAAAAUGUAUAAAUAGAAUUUAAGGUAUACACAUGUAUAUGCAUACAGCGUAAGUGUUUUCUGCUGAUGUACUACUUUUCAGUAUGUUCUAUCAUGUGUACAUUGUGUCUCUAUUUUAUCUUCUCACUAAUUUAAUAAAAAAUUGAGCAUUUUAUGAAGAGAAAGUCUGCUUUUAAGUAGUUACUAAAUCAGAAUAUCUGGACUGUUGAAAUAUAGUACUCUAUACUUGACUUUUUAAUUGUCAUUGUUCAGGUAUUUAUUCAUAGCAGUUAUUUUGUUUUCAAAGUGCUGUAGUUUCCUGUGCCCCAAAAGUGCACGUAAUUUUUCAUGUAUUUACACAUCUGUAUCAUAGCACUUUAUGAAUUUGAAGCAUAUGCUAUUUUUCGAAAAACAUUUUUUUUUAAAUAAUGAUCAUGGUUUAAGACCCAAAAAUGUAUAGUUUAUAUUUUUUACAAAACUUGUUAUGAUCAAUACUUCACUAUGAAACAAGUGCCUUAAUUUAUAUUAUCAGUUAAUGAAUUUAUAUACUGUUUUAUCAUAAACUGUUUGAGCCAUACAUUAUGUGAUAAAUAUGCUGUAACAAAAUAAAUAUGUCAUAGAAUAGGAAUAAAAAGCAUAAUUUA